UGUUUGGACCCUCCAGGACCACAGUUGAAGGGUCAUUCCCAGAGAGUCGCGUUGCCGGGGCAGUGAGUGAUGUAUCACUUCUGCUUCCUCGUGUGUGAUUCCCUCUUCUACUCCCUCUUAUUCACCGCUGAUGUCAGGAAAAAAGGCAUGAACACUUUGCCUUGGCUCCCACUCAGGCCAGCUUGGAGGGAGAUAGGUUUUCACUGUAUACCCCCCACCCCCGGGGGAUAGGAUUGCAUAACCGCCUCCCAACCUGUGGAGCUGUCAGUCACCAUCCGUCAACAGGCGGUCUGGGUCGAGGAAGACCAGACAGAGAGAGCCAGUGAAGAACCAGGACUCUGGAGACACAUCUGAAGUGGACCUGAUAAGCAUACAUCAAAAUGGCUGGACAGAUCCCAGCACUUCCAGAAUCCUUUGCUCCAGGAAUCGAUGGUGUUUUCUCUGAUCGCCUUGGCUUCUACUUCAUGGAGUCUAAGGUGCCUGGUCUGUCCAAGGUCAUUCUUAACAAACUUAACAUGAAGGAUUAUGGGGAGUACAGGGCAGCUAUGGAAGGGAAAACAAAAAGAGGGGCAUUCCGUAACUGCAAGGAGAUGUUUCAGAAGAUGGAGGAGACAUUUAAAUUCUGUGUCGGCUGCAACAAGAUUCCAGAGCACCUGUCAGAGGGCCAAACACUCAAGCGCUGUGUGAAGUGUUUGAAUGUGUACUACUGCAGCAAAGAGUGUCAGAAGAAAAACUGGCCUCAGCAUAAGAUGUUCUGUAAGAAGCUGCGAUUGGUGGCUAUCGAUCGCCUGGUGGAGUGGCUGAUGUUCACAGGAGACCUCCCGUUCCCUACGGAGAAGUGGACCCGACCACAAGGGGAGGUGAAGUGCUGGGAUGACUGGCUUGCCAUGCAAGGGGACCUCACCCCUCGACUGGACGCUGUCUUGUCCUGCAUUAAUAUGGGAGUGCUAUGGAAAAAUGUCUCAAGGCCACGACCAGAAGACGCUGACCUGAGAGAGUCGGUCUGGCGAAUUGAAAGCGAGUUCCUGUCACGGGCGCUUACUGUUGGCAUGGCGAUGAGACUCUUCUGCCUAGAUCCUUCCUCCAAGCCAUUUACCAUCCACCUGGCAGGUGCCGGACUCAGUGAGACAAUGGGAGCCCGGCUGACGGACUUUGAUGAACUGGACCGCAUGUACCCUGGACACCAGGGUAUUGAAGUGGUGAUGGUGGGGCCAGAGGUGGUGGACGGGCCCAUCAUGAGAAGCCCUCUGACAAGCUUUGGCCCCAAGACCAAGACCUUCAUCAGUGCCUACAAGGGCCUCUACCACCAGUUCUACGAGGAGCUUGUGGAGACAAAAGCGGCAGCAAAGCCAGAUCUGGUGGUUGGAUUCCAUCCCGGAUUUCAUGCCACGCAGGGUCUGGGAGAGGGCUGGCUGCCCACCCUCCUGCUCCUCAGGGACUUUAACAUCCCCUCAUUCUUCUCUGUGUUCAAUGAGAUGGAACUGAACAGUUCCUUGCAAAUUCUGUCUGAGUUAGAGAUGAACAUCAAGGGCAGCGGAACCAACCCUUUUUCAUCCCAGAAGCCAGAGCCGGUCCAGUCAAGUCCCAACAAUCCACCGUCAUACUGCAACUCCCACUUCCUCUAUUUCCAGGGCCUACUGGAGCAAGAACAGUUUGAACAUCCAGACAACUACAGAAAUCUUUGGACAGUUUAAAAUGGAUCGUAUGACAGCUUCCGGUCUAGGUUGUUCCACACGUCCAUCCUGUUAUGUUUACCUGAAUGCUUGCAUGUAUCGCUGGCAUAGGGCAGGGGCUAUUCUUGGGCUAUUUUUGCAACCUGUGAGAUCAGAUGUGAAGGAUUUACUAAUUCACUGAUGUCAUUAAUUCAGUUGGUUCAAUUGGUCAGCUCAGUGACAAACUAAAUUCAACACAGCUGUUCUUCCUGGUCAGUUCAUGUGAAAUCCUGCAUGCUCUGUGGCUCUCCAGGAACAGAGUUGGCUAUACCACUGGCCUACAGCAUUCUGAUGUUGCUCCCCAUUCUCUUGUGUAAUGAUGAACCAGUGAAGCAUAUAUUUAAGGUGCCUGUGUAUCUAGUUAAUUAAUUCCAAAGCUAAAGCCCUCUUAAUGUGCAUAGUCAUUGCAUGCAGGGAAGCAUCUGAAUAGUGAUAACCGUUAUUUCAAAUAACGGCAGAGGACAUAUCCUGUUGACUCCUACGCAAAUACUGCGGAAAUUGCAUGAAUUGUAGGGGGGGGAAAACAUCUCACAUUUGCAACUCAUAACAAAUUGUUUAAAAAAAAGCCAUGGACUAUGAUGUAAUGCUCCUAUGGUAAAUGAGCUGGCAGGUCAGGGGUCUAGAGAUGGGUGUGCAGGCCGAUCAUUGAUCUCAUUGAAUAUUUUGAUCACACCAUUCUGUUGUUUCGGGUGCACACACACGAUUGCAAUAAAGA